GAGAGGAGUUCUUCCAAGCUCCGGGGUGCCUCUGGGAUGGCCAUCACUGCUUCAUCGUCCGCUACCGGGAGGGAGAAGAUCUGGGUUUGGACAUGCACACAGAUGACUCGGAUGUGACCUUCAAUAUCUGCCUGGGCCUCAACUUCACUGGCGCCGGUUUGCAGUUCUGCGGCGCUGUGGGGACACCAGACCACCGAAAGCACCACUUGACCUACCAGCACCGGAAGGGUCAUUGCGUGGUGCAUCUGGGCCGGAAACGCCACGGAGCCGACGACAUCACUUCAGGAGAGCGUUUGAAUUUGAUUCUCUGGAAUCACUCCUCCGAGUUUCGCCAAAGCCGCGACUACCGGAACCCACC